AUGUUUGAUCACUUGCUAAGGUUAUUGGAUUCAAGAGGCUCAAGAAUGCCGCCUCAUCUUGCUCUAAGAUCACUACAUGCUGAUUAUAUUGGAGGAACGAAUUCAAACUUCAAAAAAUGGUAUUUCGCUGCUCAAUUAGAUAUUGAUGACACUAUUGGUUUUAAAAAUACAAAAAGUGACGGCGACCUCAAGAGAAAUGCUCGAUCUAAACUUGACCAAACUAGUUUGGAAUUCUUUUCCAUUGAAGAAUCUAAAAAAAAAUGGGCAAUCAACAUGAAAAAUCUUUCUUCUCACGAUUGUAUUGUUCAAUUAGCACUUUAUUUGUUGUGUUGGGGCGAAUCAAACAAUAUCAGAUUUAUGCCUGAAUGUUUAUGUUUCAUUUUUAAAUGCUGCAAUGAUUACUACUACUCUCUUGAUUUAUCUCAACCCAUUGCUAGGCCUUCUAUUCCAUUUCUCGAUCAUGUUAUUACCCCUUUAUACAAUUUUUAUCGUGAUCAGGUUUACGAAUUAACAAAUGGAAAAUAUCUCCACAAAGAUAAAGAUCACUCUAAAAUAAUUGGCUAUGAUGAUAUAAAUCAAUUGUUUUGGUAUCGUAAAGGUUUACAAAAAUUGGUUCUUAAAAACAAGUCCCAUUUGUUAGACUACAAAUCUCACGAAAGAUACUUGUUACUCAAAGAUAUCAACUGGUCAAAAGUAUUUUAUAAAACUUAUAAAGAAAGUAGAUCCUGGUUUCAUGUUCUUACUAAUUUCAACAGAAUUUGGAUUAUUCAUACUUCUAUUUAUUGGUUUUACACUUCCUUAAACUCUCCCACUUUAUACACAAAAAACUAUCAGCAACAACUAAACAAUCAGCCUUUAUCACAGGUAAGAUUCACUGUGAUGGCAUUAGGUGGUUCCAUUGCAUGCUUGAUUAAUAUUAUCGCCACCAUAUGUGAAUAUAGAUUUGUUCCAAGAAAAUGGCCCGGUGCACAACCAUUAACCUCAAGAAUGCUUUUUUUAUUAUUUUUGUUUGCUAUUAACACUUCUCCUUCUAUUUAUAUCUUGGGUUUUAUUCCAAUUAACCAACCAAAUAAAGCAGCGUUAGGGAUUUCUAUUUCUCAGUUUUUAAUAUCAAUUUUCACUGUUAUUUAUCUUUCAAUUGUUCCAUUAGGAAGUUUGCUUGGUUCCUACAUGAAUAAAUCUGACAGAAAAUAUCUUCCCACAAAAACCUUUACUUCCUCUGUUCAUAAACUUCAAGGAAAGGCUGCUCUAUCUUCUUAUGGAUUAUGGAUUGCUGUCUUUUUGGCAAAAUUACUGGAAUCUUACUUUUUUAUGACACUUUCAUUAAGAGAUCCUAUUCGUGAGUUAAGUAACAUGAGAAUGUCUAAGUGUGUUGGAGAUGCUAUCCUUGGGAAGACUUUAUGUACUUAUCAACCUUUUAUGGUUAUUGGUUUGAUGUUCUUGACAGAUUUAGUUUUGUUUUUCCUUGACACUUAUUUAUGGUUUAUCAUUUGGAACACAUUAUUUUCUGUUUGUCGCUCUUUUUAUAUAGGAGUUUCAAUUUGGACUCCAUGGAGAAAUAUUUUUUCAAGACUACCAAAGAGAAUUUUUUCAAAAAUUAUUUCUACAGAUGAUCGUAAUAUUAGACCAAAAGUAUUAGUUUCUCAAGUAUGGAACUCAAUAGUUAUAUCAAUGUAUCGGGAACACUUGCUUUCUUUAGAACAUGUUCAAAGACUUAUUUAUCAACAAAUAGUUACCCCAGGAGCAGAAAAUGGGAAUGUUUUGAAGGAACCUUCAUUUUUUGUUGCUCAGGAAGACAAAUCGGUAAAAUCUUCUUUGUUUGAUACACAAAAUGAAGCACAAAGACGUAUUACUUUUUUUGCUCAAUCAUUGUCCACUCCCAUGAGAGAAUCUUGUUCAACGGAUUCAAUGCCAACAUUUACUGUUCUAAUUCCCCAUUAUAGCGAGAAAAUAACUUUAACUUUGAGAGAAAUAAUUAGAGAAGAAGAUAAGUAUUCUCAUGUAACACUUCUUGAAUACUUGAAACAGCUUCAUCCUUUGGAAUGGUCAUGUUUUGUCCAAGACACAAAAAUGUUAGCCGAGGAAAUUGAAAGCGGGCUCUCUGAGGAAUUUAACUCUGAUAAACAAGCUUAUGAUGACUUGCCCUAUUAUUGUGUUGGGUUUAAGUCGGCCACUCCUGAAUAUAUUUUAAGAACAAGAAUAUGGGCUUCUUUAAGAUCUCAAACUUUAUACCGAACUAUAUCCGGUUUCAUGAAUUACUCAAGAGCCAUCAAACUUUUGUACGAUGUGGAGAACCCUAAUUUGGAAGACUUUAAUAACGACGAACAGUUGAAGUUGGAAAGAGCUGCAGUCAUGGCUUUAAGGAAGUUUAGGAUAAUCGUUUCAAUGCAACGUAUGUGCGAAUUCAAUAAAGAUGAGCAAGAGAAUAAGGAGUUUUUAUUGAGAGCAUAUCCAGAACUUCAAAUAGCUUAUCUUGAAGAAGAAAAGUUGGAUACCGGUGAAGUAGUUUAUUAUUCUUCUCUAAUUGAUGGCAGUUGCGAAAUUUCAGGCGAUGGACAAAGAGAACCGAAAUAUAAAAUAAGACUUUCUGGAAAUCCUAUUCUUGGGGAUGGUAAAAGUGACAAUCAAAACCAUGCUUUGAUAUUUUGUCGAGGAGAAUAUAUCCAGUUAGUAGAUGCUAAUCAAGAUAACUAUUUAGAAGAGUGUCUUAAGAUUAGAAACGUAUUAGCUGAGUUUGAAGAAUAUGAACAAAGAACUGAUCUAUAUCCUGAAAUAGACAAAAUUACCUCCAAUUAUGAUCCUGUAGCUAUAAUUGGAACUAGAGAGUAUAUUUUUUCUGAAAAUAUUGGUAUCUUAGGUGAUGUUGCAGCAGGAAAAGAACAAACUUUCGGAACUUUGUUUGCAAGAACUCUUGCUCAAAUUGGUGGGAAACUUCAUUAUGGCCAUCCUGACUUUUUAAAUGGGGCAUUUAUGACUACAAGGGGAGGAGUUUCAAAAGCACAAAAAGGUUUACAUUUAAAUGAAGAUAUUUAUGCCGGAAUAAAUGCUAUGAUCAGAGGAGGCAGGAUUAAACAUUGCGAAUAUAUGCAAUGCGGGAAAGGUCGUGAUCUUGGAUUUGGUUCAAUUUUAAAUUUUACAACAAAGAUUGGAGCAGGCAUGGGUGAGCAAAUGUUGUCAAGAGAAUAUUUUUAUCUUGGGACCCAGUUGCCAUUAGAUAGAUUUUUGUCAUUUUACUAUGCUCAUCCAGGUUUUCAUCUUAAUAAUGUUUUCAUCAUUCUCUCAGUUAAGUUAUUUUUGAUUGUGAGUGUGAAUCUUGCUGCUCUUACUCAUGAAAGUGUUAUCUGUGAAUACGACCGAAAUAGACCUAUUACUGAUCCACAUAAACCUAGUGGUUGUUAUAAUUUGAUUCCAGCUAUUGAGUGGUUACAAAGGUGUAUUAUUUCUAUUUUUAUUGUUUUUUCCAUUUCAUUUGUUCCACUUAUGGUACAAGAGCUUACUGAACGUGGUGUGUGGAAAGCAUUUACUCGUUUGGGAAAACAUUUUGCAUCAUUAUCUCCCUGCUUUGAAGUUUUUGUUUGCAAAAUAUAUGCACAAUCCUUGGUUAAUGAUUUAGCUGUUGGCGGUGCUCGUUACAUUGCUACUGGAAGAGGUUUUGCGACAGUUCGUAUUCCAUUUUCUGUUUUAUACUCUACUUUUGCUCCUCAAAGUUUGUAUUUUGGUGCAUCAAAUUUACCAAUUUUACUUUUUUGCUCUAUUUCAAUGUGGAAAACUGCUCUAUUAUGGUUUUGGAUUACUAUUAUUGCUUUAUGCAUUUGUCCAUUUUUGUAUAAUCCUAACCAGUAUUCUUAUAAUGAUUUUUUUUUGGAUUACAAAAAUUAUUUGAGGUGGCUUUCUCGAGGAAACACUACCUGGUAUCAUGAUUCUUGGAUAAGUUAUGUUCGAACUAUCAGAACUCAAAUUACUGGAUCAAAAAGAAAGAAACUUGGGAAACCUGGAGAUAAUCUUGCUUCUGAUUUUAAAAAGCCAUCAGUUACUAAUUUGUUUUUUUCACAAAUAUGUACCCAAUUGUUUGCAACUUUGUCAAUCCUUGUUGCAUAUUUUUUUUCAAAUUCUCAAAAUGACAGUAGAAUUGGGGCACCUAGUAAUAUUUUGUUAAGAGUUGCAAUUUUUUCACUUGGGCCUAUUUUCGUUAAUAUGGCUGUUCUCAUUAUUCUUUUUGUUUUCUCGUGCAUUUUUGGUCCAAUUUUGGGCUGCUGUUGUCUUAAAGUUCCUGCCGCAAUUGCUACUCUUGCCCACAUACUUUCUGUGAUUAAUUAUGUUGUUUUCUUUGAAGCUUUGUGGUUUAUUCAACAAUGGGAUUUUUCCAAAACAAUUUUAGGUGCCAGUAGCUGCAUGAUGGUUCAAUGUCUUUUGUUCAAGAUUGUAAUUGCGGUUUUUCUUACUAGAGAAAUGAAUCAUGAUAGAAGCAAUAGAGCAUGGUGGUCUGGAAAAUGGGUUACUGCUGGACUAGGCUGGAAUGUAGUAACACAACCAAUAAGGGAGUUCCUUUGCAAGGUUAUUGAAAUGAGUAUGUUUUCUGGCGAUUUCAUUCUUGGACAUUUGCUUUUAUUUAUACAAAUCCCCAUUUUACUAAUCCCAUACAUUGAUCGCUGGCACUCAUUGAUGCUUUUCUGGCUAAAACCAAGCAGGCAGAUACGACCUCAGGUGCUCUCAAGGAAACAAAAAAGAAAAAUGUCCGUCGUUAUUUAUUGGUACACUAUUAUAUUUUUACUUCUACUAUCAUUGUUUGUACUAAUUUUUUUGGUUCCAACAUUUUUUAAACUUUUUGACUUGGAUGAUAUUAAGAAUGAAUUACCUGAAAAUAUUCAGCAGCUAUUUCAGCCCAAUUUUUCUGGUUCUAACUCUAGAAAAGGUUUAAAAGGAUAUAGGCUAAUGAUGAAACAAUUGCGUGGUUGA